UCAGAACACAUAUAUCUGCCAAAUCAAUUACGGAGGAGCAGUUUGUAGUUCUCUGAUACAUACCGUGUUCUCUUCUGAUACUCAAAAACAGCCGGUAGGUGGCGCGCGUGUCACUCUAACAAUAUGACUGAUCUUCAGUGAUUUACAAUGCCCCACUCCGAUCUCAUAAGUAAACAUUAAUCUACGUCUAAUUUGACAAAAUAAGACCCAGUUCACAUAGAUAUGACCGCUAUAUUCAACAAAAUGAGAAAAAUCAAUUAAUGACUGCGAAAGAAUUAUUUUCCCCUCGUAACAUCUGGCUAGAGCAGAGAGAGAGAAAUUGUUGCUCCUUCGGAUGUGUACGAGUUUGUACUUUAAAGUUCCUGAGAAAUGACGAAAAUUUGUUGUUGGAUAUUAUGUUGUUUGAUUCUCUUUGUAACUGGAAAUGAAGACGCUAAGCGUCUGUACUACGACUUGUUAAAACGCUCCUAUAACAAACUAAUUCGCCCUGUGAGCAAUAGUUCGGACAAACUAAUCGUCAAGAUGGGGAUUCGCCUGUCCCAGCUGAUUGACAUAGACGAGAAGAACCAGAUCAUGACCACCAAUGUUUGGCUGAGACAGGAGUGGUAUGACCAGGGUCUGAUCUGGAAUCCAGUUGAGUAUGGCGGAAUUCAGACGAUAGAGGUCCCUAUAGACGAUAUCUGGAACCCGGAUGUUGUACUCUUCAACAACGCUGAUGGUAAUUAUGAGGUAACACUUAUGACAAAAGCCAUUCUCCAUCCAGAUGGCAAAGUGGUGUGGGAACCACCCGCCAUUUACAAAAGCUCUUGUAUGAUUGACGUGGAGUUCUUCCCCUUUGAUAUUCAGCUGUGCAUCAUGAAGUUUGGGUCGUGGACUUAUGACGGGAACCAAGUGGAUCUCGUUCAUCUCUGUGUGUCCGACAGCUCAUCUACGGAAGUCAUUCACAAAGGAAUCGACUUCCGGGAUUUCUAUCCUAGUGUUGAAUGGGACAUCUUGGAGGGGUCUGCCCAGAAAAAUUAUAAACGCUACAUCUGCUGCCCCUCCCCCUUCCCAGACAUCACAUUCAACAUCACUAUGAGGAGGAAGACCCUCUUCCACACCGUCAAUCUGAUCAUACCCUGUGUGUCUAUAUCAUUUCUGACAGUCCUCGUCUUUUAUCUCCCAAGUGACAGUGGCGAGAAAAUCACUCUUUGUAUUUCAAUUUUACUCUCUUUAACUGUGUUUUUUCUGCUUCUUGCAGAUAUAAUUCCCCCAACCUCUAUUGUCGUUCCAUUAAUAGGAAAAUAUUUACUUUUUACUAUGAUACUUGUGACUUUAUCCAUCUUAGUGACUGUGAUAGUGCUCAAUGUUCACUUCCGGUCGCCAUCUACUCAUACAAUGGCGCCCUGGGUCAGGAGAGUGUUUCUUAACGUUCUACCGCGGCUUCUCAUCAUGCGACGGCCAAACCUAGACAAUGAACAUAGUACAACAAGAGUGAUAAAGACUUGUAAUGGUGUAGAAAUGACAGAAUCCUAUAAACACAUGAUACGCCGCAGAGCGGAACAGAGGAAAUUCGAGAAUAGCAAUUUGAAUGACGAGGCCGAACCAAUUAGUGUAACAAAGGAGACGGAACUGAGCGUGCGUCGUCGAUAUAAACCGGUUCCCCGGGAGAUUAAAGACGCUGUGGACAGUGUUUGUUUUAUUGCUGAACAUUUGAAAAAAGAUGACAAAGAAAACUCGAUAAAAGAAGACUGGAAGUAUGUGGCCAUGGUGCUUGAUAGACUAUUUCUGUGGAUAUUUACGAUAGCCUGUGUAGUUGGAACUUUUGGAAUUAUUCUCCAGGCUCCCACACUAUAUGACGACAGGCGAACUUUAACCCCGCAAGCCUCUGACGACAGCUGUAUCAAACCCGAAUUCUGAUUAUGAUGUCAUUCUCUUUUGUGGAAGUUUCAGAACUAAGUUUAACAACGAUUUUAAAAUUUACUUCUUCAUGCAUCAACCGGGUCCUUUACAAAUUUUUUUUUUCAAUUCAAGAACCUUCCUCCAUCAAAACCAAAAGGACUUCGGCAGCAGUAUUCAAGAUAUAAUGUUUAACGAUAAAUUUUAAAUUGUCGUUGAAAAGGACACCACAUAUCACAGAGAGAGAGAGAGAGAGAGAGAAUUAAAUGUAUUUAUUACUAGUAAUAUUACUAUUAUUAGUACAUAUGUGCCAAUAAGAUAAAAUGUAUAUUAAUGCAUUUUUUUGUAAAAUGUGAUAUUAUUAAAGAUUAUACAAAUCACUUGGUAAUAAAUGUCGAAUCGACAGAUUUUAUUUAAUUAGGAGGCUAAUAAUACACCGCAAUUUACUUUAUAUUUCAUUAAAGCACCACUUAUUAUACAUAUGGAUUUCAAAUAUCGAAAUUUGGUUGAUAUAAAUAUUUUGAAGGGAUUUUUAACCUUUUUUCUGAUUACGUAAAAAGUAUAAUUUCAUGAUGUGCACAUUUAAUCUUUUUUCAAGCGUUUUAAGGAUUAAGAUGAUUUAAAAAAGCAAGCAUGUACAAUUCGUCCCUCAGUGGAAGGUUUAUCUUUUUGUGUAGUACGUCAUCAAACAGUUAUAUAGAGCCUUCUUAACUUAUUUUCUAUGUCUAUCUAUCAUUAAGUUUGAAUAAAAAAAUGUAGUCAUAUAGAUAAUUUUGUCUUUUGUCAAUCAUCCAUUCGUA